CAUGUGUUGUCAGCUCAAUCUGCAGAAAUCCAUUCACUGUGCUGGAUGCCGUAUGCAAUAUCAGUGUACCAAACCUCAGGCAUGCUUGUGCCAAACUCUGGUCUGGUCAAGUUGCUCUGACCAUUGACGGAAUGUUCUCGACAAAAAUGUGCUGUGAUUAUUUUUGCCUGAAAUUAUUUUUGCAGUGUCACAAGUCAGUAAAGCAUAAUCACUUUGUGCCCUGAAUUUGGUGCCAGUCCUGUCCCAAAUUUUGAGCUCUAAGCACUGGUAUCUAUAAUGUACAUGUGCUGAAAUGCUGAGAUUGUUUUCAUGAUAUGCCUGCUACUUUGAAUAUGUGAAGUGUAAAGUGUAUGUGUUUGAAGUCUUCUGGUGAGUUAGUUAUGUUGCAGCCCAUCUUCACUGUAUUUGUGGUGGUACUUAAUGAUGUAUUGUGUCAGUGUCCUUGUUUUCUUUAGCAUUAAACUGUGAUGAUGCUUCCAUGCUACUGACAUCUGUACAUGGACCAACUGUACAUGUUGACAAGAUUUCCUUACCUUGGGCAAGUGCAAUAAUGACUAGCACAAGAGCUCAAUGUUCUUAUAAUUUAUAUUAACUAGAGGCAUAUUUUGGCAUGUCUGCCUCAAACAUGAUCAAUGUUUCUGAAAAUAAGAUAUUUAACAACUUUGUGCCACUGAAGUACAGUCACACAUUCAACCUGCAAGGGAGUCAAGAUAUCACUGAUGAGCCAUUAGGAUGUUAGAUGCAAGCAUUUUACCAACUAUCAGUAUUAACCACCUCUGUGGGCUACUAAUCAGGUCAUCAAUUGCUGUGACAUCACAACUCAUUGAUGGUGAGCUCAGAAUACCAAACAUGGCCUUUGGCAAUGACCUGUCAUCUUUGCCAGCACCUACCACUUGCAGCUUUCUUUGGAAGAUACCAGGACCAGGUAUGGAUUUCAGUGUUAACACAAUUGAUAGGUGAUAUAUUUUAAGCAUGCAACAACAUACCCACAAAGCUUUGGGAGCAACAGACAUGUCAAGCUAUGGUUUGGAGUGACUGCCUAUGAAUUUCAUACAAAAGUAUGAUAAGAGUAUGACAUAGAAAAAAGGUUCUCUGUGAGAUGGCUGCUAUUACUGGAAAGGUGAGUUAGCCUUCAUGGACAUUAAUGCAGCCACUUCUGUGAUAAUUGGCAGUCAAGGAUGUGGAAGAAUAAGCUAUAAAGUGUAAGGCAUGUGUUCCCUGGGCUCAGGAUCUUCUCAGCCAUGUACAGUUGAUUGGAGCUGGUAACUCUGCACCCUUGAACCUGAUAAAACUGAACUUAGGAGCUGGUGACUGCACCAAUGAACCUGGGAGUUGGUCACUCUGCACUGCUGGCCCCAAGAGAUCUGUGGUGCAUUGUGGUGAUGCAAAGCACAGCACAAGAACAACCUGUGAUUCAACUCGCGGGAGAGAUUAGGUCCAAUGUGGUGGUAUGGUAAUGCCCACACAUUGUUGUAUGUGUGUCACCAUGGGUACUGGAGUUGCUGGUAUAAGAUGAUGCAUGUGCAAAAAUUGGACUAGCCUCAUGUUGGGCAGCAUUGACUCUUGUCAGUAUUAUCAUGUGCCACACAGCAGGUUUGUUAUUUAUAUGCAAAGCAUUGUGUUUAUACUAUAUUUAAGCCACCAGUCUGCUCCAGAGAACACAGCAGCCACUUAAAAUUGGGACCAUCAUUGACUACGACAACUGCAGUUAUGUAUUGUCUGUGUGCAAAGUAUCAAUGUCUCCAAAGCCCUGGCAAUAGCCCUGAGUACUAGUAACUGUUCAGAUGCUUUCCUUGAUGCUCUAUCAAGGGCCCAUGAAUUUCAACAACCCAGACAAUCAGGCCCAAUGAGAUAAGGUAGUAUGCCAUCAGUCUAUGCAUCAUGACAGUCUGCAGAGCCUGAACAGCUUUGCAUUGUGAAGAGUUUGGGAGGGUAGCUUUUUGUUCCUUCAGGAUGCAUACAGUCUGUUGUUGUUGCUUCAGAUAGUCUGCAGACAGAUCGCAGAUGCUUUAACAUCACAGCGGCCUUUCAUUGUGUAAUGGUUGAAAAUGUUCUUGUUCUUCAUUAAUCACAUUUUAGUAAGAUUGAAUAAGUGUGUAUUGACUGUAAUUGCAUUGUACAAUCCCUGAAGUGCAUUCCAUUGCCUGCAUUGAUUGAACAAUUUGUGUAAUAAGUGUUUGAUUUUAUUUCAGAGCUCAGUUUGCUGCAAAACAAUAAAUCUUGUGAGACCCAGACUUAAAUGCUAUAAAAUGGUGCUCAAGCAUCCUGCAUACUUGAUUUUGUGUUUGAAGACUCCUUUGGGCUCAGAAUGCAUUGUUGUCACAACCAGAAACACAUAUUUGGGUGUGCCAGCUAUGUAAAAGCAGAUUUGAUUUCCCUGGAUGUUAUGUUGCAGGCCAUAACUGCAGUCAAUGGACAAGCCCCAGAGCCGCAGCCUUUUAUACUGGGUGUUGGAAUACACCCGCAUCUUUAAACAAAUCAAGUGGAAGAAUGACCGUGUGCGCGGAAACGAGGCAUACGUACCGACGGAUGUCGAGCACGUGGCGAACAUCCUCACCCACGGGGUCUGGAUUUUGCCGAGCGUGUUUUGCGCGACAAGUCUAUACCGAGAAUCGGAUGUCUACUACGAGGCUUAUGCUAGCGUCAUCUAUGGAACCGCCUUGGUACUUCUAUUUUCUGUAUCAACCGUGUUUCACCUGGUCUCGUUUGCCUACAAAGACAGCGUCUGGCGGGAAGUGCUGCACCGGAUGGACCGCGGCGUCAUCUACAUCUUCAUCGCCUCCUCCUACACGCCCUGGCUGGUGCUGAAGGAGGUGCCGGACUCUGGCUGGGUCAUCCACCUCAGGUGGGCCGUGUGGAUCCUGGCCGGCCUGGGCAUCCUGUACCAGCAGCUGUUCCACGAGCGCUACAAACUUCUGGGCACGCUCAUCUAUCUGGCCAUCGGGAUCGGCCCGUCUGUCUGCAUCUACGAGAUGACGGACGUGAGCGGUGUGACGGAGCUCAAGUACGGCGGCGCCGUGUACGUGCUCGGCCUGGUGUUUUUCAAGCUGGACGGCCGGCUGCCGCUGGCGCACGCCGUCUGGCACCUGUUUGUCGUCGUCGGGGCUACCAUACACUACCAGUCAGGUGAUGACGUACCUGUUGGAGGCGCACCCGCCGAAGCCGGUGCCAUCGGAGCUGUAGCGUCGCCUCCCGGUGGCUCCGCCCGCCGUCUGAGGGCUUACUGCCGCCGUGCAAUACUCCGGGCCCGCUGUAGCGGACUCACGCGUCAGAGGCUCCUGCGUGUCGUGCCGUUCCGUGUCGUACCAUGUCGUUCAGUGUCGUACCGUGACGUGUCGUGACGUCGCGCGACGGACGUCAGAGCUAGACUUUCUCGCGUGUUCGUUGCGUCGCUGCUCGUUUUAUCGAGGUGGCUGGGUGGGGUAGGGAACCUCAUGCAAAUGCCGGAGUACGUAAGAGGUCCGUGUUCCGCGGCGAAGGCUGCUGCUACCUCACCUCGCCUCACUCUACCUCACCGCCGUCGUCGAGUUGCGUCAGUGCGGUCGGCGCGUGGCGCCGGUCCCCCUGCCGGACUAGACAUACCUCAUCUUUCCUCGCCCGCUCGCACAUCUUUAUGAUCUCGCAUCCUGGUCCCGUCACAUCUUCCAUACUUUACCAUUGCACCAUCUGCCGGCCAUAUUGAUAUGUCUAGAUUCUCGAACAUCGGCGAUAGCUGUGUGACUUCAUUCUAUCACUGUGGCAAUAGAGCGCCGUUAUAUCAUAGUCAUUGUUCGACUAGCAUUAAAGCUAAUGUGACCGUUCUAAUCGUGUGUUGUGCUCGCCGUGCGCGUUGUUACUAGCUCGCAUUGCUGAACGAUGUGGCUGGACGUCGGUGAAAGGCGGGGAACAAGUCACAGAACCUGACUGUUGUGGGGGAGGGGUGCAUUCACAGAGGGCGUGGAGUGCGUCGCUGGUGUAAGAAUGGUGCAUUCACUGAGACGUCGGCGAAUGGUGUUCAGUCGAUAACAAACCCUCUCCCGUUUUGUACCCCUAGGUGCGCCUUCUGGUGGUGUUGUGGCUGUACUUGGCUGUGUUGAGCGCGGAAUGACUGUGGUUGUUGGCUAGCGGUGAGGGUGGUGGUAUUCUUGUCCGUGCCUGGCGACAGGCAGUACGCGGCUGUGUCGGCUGGAGCGGGAACGAGAGCCGGAUGCCCCGGGUGAACUGCACUCGGUGGGAGUGUUUGUCACGUGAUCUGUCUCGCGAGGGCUCCAUAGCAGGCUGCACUCUUCGCUGUUGGUUGGGGGACUCGGUUAUCACUCCCAGUCCCAGCGCUAGACUUCCGUAUCACUGUAGGACUGCACGGCGUGUGUAGGUCUCCACGUCUCCUUGCCACGUCACAAAGUGACACACCUCAUCACAGCAUGGUGUUAGAAUACCUCACGGGAUCGCAUUACUAUGUGCCAUCGACACGUCACGUCACGCGUCACCUUACUGUGAUCUGUGACGGUCCGUCACUUCACAUCAGCACGUCAAUUCACCGGGGCUGCGGCGUAGUGUCUAGCUCGCAAACCAUGGUUAGUGCUCGCAACGCCGAACGGUGCGUGGACGGGCUCACUCGGAGGCUGCGUCGCGCCCGUGCGCCUCGUGCUCAUCACCUGCUGCGACCUGGCACCGCUGUGGGAUGUCUUGAUCGGCCCGCGCGUGCGUGACGCCACACUGCCAGCCUUGACACGUCUCGCCUCGUUUGGAACCGGCACCUGCCGAAGAUCGCCCCCGAAACAACGUAGUUGGCGUGGUCUGUGUAUUGUGACAUGCUGAAGGGCGACUGGGGGUGAGACCCCCUCUUCUGUUGCUCCCCGUCUGUCUGCCAGAUGGUGUGAGCAGUUUUGUGCGCAGGUGUCACGGUUGUGCA